UUUAUGUGGGAGGGAGUGAGAGGGCGAUAACAGUUUUCCCCAAUCAUCAUGAUGGGGAAUCGCGGCUCCGCCGAUUUAGUCGAGUCGCAAACAUUUGGCGGAGCAGUCUACGGCAGCAGAAAUGUCCAGAGGCGGAGAAGCAAUCAACUUGUCCGAUUUAACCGGGGAGCAGGUGAGCGAGUGGCUCCAAAGCUUCGACACGGUUCUCUGCGACGGCGACGGCACCAUUUGGCAGGAUGACACGCCCAUUGAGGGGGCACCGGAUGUCCUGAAUGCCCUGCAGCAGCGCCAGGGCAAAGCGGUCUAUAUCAUUACGAACAAUGGACUAAAGACACGCCAGGAGCUCUUCGAGCGUUCCCAAAGACUUGGCUUCCAGCUGCCAAGCGACCGACAUAUAAUUUCGCCCACGACCGCCAUAGCCGACUAUCUUGUCCAGAGUCCAGAGUUCGAUGCCAAGCGACACAAGGUUUAUGUGGUGGGCAAUGCGGCCAUUGCACGGGAAUUAAGGCAGCAUGGCAUCGACAGCUACGGAGCCGGUGAGUCGGAGGAACUUGCUCCGGGCGACAAGUGGCCGGACUUUGUGGCUCGCGAGUUUGGUAACCCCAAGGCAGCCGAGAGUGUGGGCGCCGUCGUGGUCGGAUGGGAUGAGUACUUUAGCUAUUGCAAGAUGGCUCGUGCCUGUCACAUCCUUUGCAGCAAUCCCAGCACUGCUUUCCUGGUGACCAACCGUGAUGCCGUUCACAAGUAUCCCGGCUUCUGUAUCCCUGGCACCGGCGCCUUUGUAGCCGGCAUUGAGGCUUGUGCAGAGCGAGAUGCGCUGGAGAUGGGCAAACCAAAUCCCUUGGUCCUUGAGCCGCUGACAAAGUCCGGAGCAUUGCGAACGGAGCGCACGCUUAUGAUUGGUGACUGCCUGAAAAUAGAUGUCGGCUUCGCUAGUAAUUGUGGCAUGUUGUCGCUCCUGGUGGGCACUGGGAGAUACAGCAGUCUCUCGGAUGUCCAGCGGGAGAAGGGUAAGCUGCCCCAGCCAGAUGUGUAUCUCCCCCGAUUGAGCGACCUCCUGUCAUAUUUGUGAGAUAUGCCAGGAUCAGGCCUGGAUCCCCCGCAGCUAUUAACUAUUCUGCUGGCAAGUAACACUCUCUGCUGGAUAUUUUUUGUAUAUUGGAUUGGGUGCCAAAUCGAAGGAUCGAAUAUCUAUCCAAGAACGAAACUAGAUUGAACCUUUCAUGUGUAUAUACAAAAUUAACAAUUGCAUAAAAGACAAUUAAUAAUAAAAUUAAUA